UUGAUUUUAUCUUGUAAUAUUUUUAAAUGAAAUAGUUGCUAGUUUCUCGUAAUUAUGCUUCGUAGCUUUUAAUUUCAUCUGCUAGUCAAUAUACAAUAUUACUACUUAAUGGGUUAUCGUAUGUGCGGCUUAAAAUGUCUCUUUACGUGUUUGGGACUAACCUGUAUCGUUGGUUGCUAUUUAGCCAUUCUUCCUAUAGAAAACGAGAAGCUGCCAUCACCUAAACUGAUUCAGAAACAUAGCUCAAAACUGUCUCAAAAACAGCGAUUAGCAGUAAUAGUGCCGUUCAGAGAUCGAUUUGAAGAGCUCCUAGAAUUCGUCCCGCACAUGCACGAUUUUUUAAACAGGCAAGGGAUCCUGUUCCACAUAUUUGUGAUCCAGCAGAAAGAUAAUAACCGUUUCAACCGAGCAUCCUUGAUCAAUGUAGGUUUUCUACAUACAAAGAAGGAUUAUGACUAUAUAGCGAUGCACGACGUGGAUUUAUUGCCAAUGAAUGAUAAUUUGAAGUAUACAUAUCCAGCUGCCAACCCCGUUCACAUAUCAUCACCGCAGACGCAUCCUAACUACCACUAUGCAACGUUCAUCGGAGGGAUUCUGCUGAUAAGGCGGGAGCAGUUUGAGCUCGUGCACGGCAUGUCCAACAACUACUGGGGCUGGGGGCUGGAGGACGACGAGUUCUAUCUGCGGCUGAAAGAUGCCGGGCUGCAGGUACAGAGGCCUGCAGGGAUCACCACUGGGCCUGAAGACACAUUCAAACACAUCCACGACAAGACCUACCGGCGGCGCGACCACCGCAAGUGCUUCAACCAGCGCGAGGUGACGCGGCGGCGCGACCGCGAGACCGGCCUGCGCGACGUCGCGUACCGAGUGCACAGCGAGCACGCGCUCACUGUCGACGGGCUGGAGGCUACCGUGGUGACUGUGGAGUUGGUGUGCGAUGAGAAGAAGACGCCGUGGUGCCAGUGUCCGAGUACCGUUGUUAAGAAGCCAGAGGCUAAGGCAAAGAGUUAAAAUUGAGAGCAACAAACAUAGUUUCUAGUGAAUUUUUCAUAGGUCAAAUUUCGUUGUCUGCUCUGUUUUUAGGGUUCCGUAGUCACUAGGAACCCUUAUAGUUUCGCCAUGUCUGUCUGUCCU